AUUUUUUUGUUGAAUUUCAAAAAAUUGUAAUGGAAAGUGAUACAAACUAUUGUUCAGCACGCAGCAUAUAUAAACGUAUAUCAAAACAGGCUAAAUUAAACAAGAAAACUAAAAAAUAUAAUUUAAUAGAAAAAUUUAACACUGAUAAGCAAAUUGUUGACACAGUAUUUGAAGAUUUUAACUAUGAAAAUGAUAAUAUUAAAUCUAAAGCAUUAAAUUUGAAUUACACUUUAGAUGAAGAAUAUAAACCAUACCUAUCAUACAAAUCCCUUCUCCUAUAUAAAGAUAGUAGAAAUUUAGCUUUAAAGGCUUUUGAAUGGUUAAUUUUUCCCAUUAAAUUUGAUGUAUUUAUUAAUGAGUUUUGGGAGAAGAAACCUCUUUUAGUAAAAAGAAACAAAUUUGAUUAUUAUAAUGAACUUUUUUCAUUGUGUGAAUUUGAUAUAAUUCUAAGAAAGGAGUUUCUAUCUUUUACAGAAAAUAUUGACUUAACUACUUAUAAUGAUGGGAUUAAGGAAAUACAUAAUCCAAUUGGUAGAGCCUAUUCUCCAAUAGUCUGGGAUUAUUAUAAUGAAGGAUGUUCUGUACGACUCCUAAAUCCUCAAAAGUUUAGCGAUAAUAUUUGGAGACUCAACAGUGUUCUCCAAGAAUUCUUUUCUUCCAUGGUAGGCUGCAAUGUGUAUUUAACUCCACCUAAUAGCCAAGGAUUUGCACCUCAUUAUGACGAUAUAGAUGCAUUUGUUAUGCAGAUUGAAGGCAAAAAGCUAUGGAAAGUUUAUCAUCCAUACCCUCACCACAAACCGCAAGACAAGAUUGAAAGAGUAAAACAUUUGCUGCCUUUAUAUCCAAGCAAUAAUUUUUCUGAAAAAUCUGAUUUUGAUGUCCAUUUUUGGGCUAAUCCUUUAAUAAAAACGGUCUUGGAACCUGGGGAUUUACUGUACAUGCCCAGGGGAUUUAUUCAUCAAGCCUCAACUUUAAUAGAACAAGAUAUUGGCCACAUAAACGAUAUAGAAAGUCGCGAAAUAUUUUCUUGUGGAAAAUCAAAGAAAUCACGGGAAAUAAAUGGUAACCCCAAUAAAAAAUUCAAAAAAGAAGCUAAAAAUGAUUCACAACAUUCCUUACAUUUAACCUUAUCCACUUGUCAAAACAAUACAUGGGGUCAAUUAAUCAAAAAUGCGUUUGACCUCUCCCUGAAAAGUCUAAUGCAAAAUAACGUAAAAUUCAGGAGAUCUUUGCCUCCCAGAUACUUACAGUACACGGGAUUGCCCUAUCGCAAUGUUGAUUUAAAUUUUGAUUCCAAUAAGUCAAAUGAUCCAAAAUGUAACGUUGGCCUCCGAACCAAAUUUGUAUCCAAUUUUCACUCUCUUUGUCAGGAUGUUUUGCAAAAUAUAUCACCUGACUUAGCCGUAGAUAUAUUCUCUAUUUCCAGUAACGCUGGUUGUUAUCUGAGGGAUUCAUUGCCACCAUGUUUAAAUAUUUAUGAAAAAAUGGGCUCUAUUUUUGACGAUUUGGAUAACAGCGAGAGUUGCGAAAGAAUUUUAAGUAAGAAAUCACUCCUUCCAACCCUCGAUUCGCAUACAAGAGUCAAAUUACUACGAUAUGGUUGUUUUAGAGUCAUGAGCCCAGAUUGUAAGAUUGACGAAGAAGGCGGAGAAAAAAACCAAGUUUCCGAUGCGGUCACCGUUUAUCACAAUUUGGAAAACGGGCGAAAUUAUAGGGAGAAAAAUAUGCAAUACUUUAUGAUCACUCUCGAUCUCUUACCUGUCAUAGAACAUUUAAUUCAAAAUUAUCCCAACUUCGUUAAAAUUUCAUCUUUUCCUUUAAUAGACACGCACGAAAAAAUCGAUGUAGCAUUGUCAUUGUACGAAAAGGGGAUAUUAAUGGUGUCUCCAAAAUCGUUAAAAAGAAUACAAAAAAUGGAUUAAUAUUCUUUUUUUUAAAAUAAAUUUGAUAAAAAAUAAUUUGUAAAAUAUAUAAUUAAUAAAAUAUCAAU